AUGGCUGCAUUGGAGAACCAUGCAGACCCUAUUAAAGAGUUGUUUGAAUCAGGCAAGACUCAUGCUGAAAUUUCAAACGCGCUGCAACAAAUGGGAGCUGAAAGAUGCUCAAAAAUGAGUGUCCGACGUUUUUGCAGCACUCACAACCUGAAGCGUAAAAGGCACGUUACGGACACGGAGUUGGAGAGGGCUGUAAUCGGGUCGAUAUGGGAGACGGGCCCAUCAUAUGGUCGAAAAUUUAUGACCGGGUACCUGGCUACACAGGGAGUGCGCGCAGCAGAGUGUCGAGUCGGUGACACAUUGAGGGAAGUUCAUCGGCCGUACCAUGAAUUACAACGACAGGGUGCUCGAAAUAUAAAUCUAGUACCAUACCACGCUGCAUACAUGGGCCAUAAAUUACAUAUGGACCAGAACGAGAAAUUGGUCAUGAUUCAUGUUUUGGCCAUCGAUGGAUUCAGCAGUAAAGUUGUCGCUCAUUGCAGCAUGCCCAUCAAAAACAACCUUGUGAUCUAUGAGGAAGUUUACAGAUCUGCAGUGGUCAAUCAUGGAAUGUGGGAUCAAGUCCGGGUUGAUCAUGGCAGGGAAUUCUACCUGAGCCUUUACAUGCAGGAGAAGCUGUCGGGACACCGACACAAUCGUAGCAGGCCACCAUACCUCCAGACCACAUCUACACUGAAUCAUAGAGUGGAAAGGUUGUGGUCAGAAGUGAACGUUUGGGUGAAUUUCCCAUUAAAAGGUGCUCUUACACACCUCAUGGACCAAGAGCUAAUCAAUAUGGAGGACAACUUAACAAAGUUCUGCACCUCCAGCCUUACUUGUCAAUUGGCUGAAGUCGGGUUAGGCAGAAUGGUUCAAGCAUGGAAUGCACAUCGAAUCCCAGGUCAUGGGAUACCCAAUGAACUAGCAGCAGAUGGAUGUCCAGUGAAAAUCUCUGAGAGGCUACUUCCUAGUGCCCCUGUUGCAGCAGCCAUGUAUGAAGAAGAGUUGGGAUCAUCAAUUACGUGGACAUUUGUCUUUGGAAUGGACCCCUUUUCAUCCGUGUCAGACAGAUGUAGUGCAGAGGAUGUGUUUGCAGACCGGUACCCAGACAUCUCAGUACUAUUCAAUAAUGUAGUGAACAACAACCACACUAGUUUUUGUGAUGCAUUGCUCUACCUUGUUAAUGUUACGCAAAGGCACAUCUGA